GAACAAUUUCACAUUCUCAGUUAGUUUAGCAACACCAAAUCUCUUGCCAUGAAAAUUGUAUCUGUUUGACCACAAAAAACGAAAAGCAAAACCCAAAAACACCAUAACAGCACAGUUCACAGGUUUAACCCAGUGUCAACCACAAAAUACAUACGAAGCAAAUCUAGCUGCGAUAAUUCGGGCACACACUCCAAAUGGGCGCCACUUUGGCCGGUGAAACGCGUGCCGAGGGCGAUGGAGGCGAGGGUGGGGGCAAGGCCGACAGGGCAGCGGGUGGCGCAGAACAUGCCCCCGAACCACUUCCAUCGCAGCAUGACUCCACCUCCAAGAAGACGGAGAAGUCGAAGAAGGAGUCGCAGGAGGAGUCGCCACCCAGACAACCGGACCAACCCGACCAACCGGACCCACAAGACCAGAAUCACAAGCAGAAGCAGCAACAUAAUCCCCUGUCCAGGGAAUCGAUCAAGCUGGUGAGACGCCGCUCCACCGAGGAUAUUCAGCGUAUGCAAACGGAGGCCAUUGUCGCGGAGUUCGACCGCCUGCUGCUGCAGGCGGAGGGGCAGCUGAAGGAGGUGGUGGAGUCAUCGUGCGCUGACGUGGCUGCCAGGCUGCAGAGUUGCCUGCAAGCGCACCGCCAGCGGUCCUGCAACUGCUUCCCGGCGAUGGAGCAGUACCGCAACUGCGUGCUGCGGGCCACCCAGAACCGCGUGGACGAUCUGGCGGACAGAGAGCCACCGAUACUGCCGGUCGUACCGCCCCAGUCGAUCCCUCGUCCCGAAGUGCCGCCACCGAAUCAGCGCUCGAAUCGCAGAUGGUGGAAGUUUUGGACAUGGUUUCGCUAGUCAAGAGGAUCCACCCAUCCAUCCCAAUCGCUGUCCGUUCUCAGCUGAAACAGUAGUUGUUCGUGGGCAAACCGCCAGCCCCAUUUAAUGUAACGAAAUGCCUUUAUUAAUUAGAAACACAAGCCCCUUGCCACAAUCCAUUUUUGCUUAUUUC